UAUGGCGGAAGGCUACGUCGGAAAAUGAAGAGGGGAGGAUCACUGCGUGUAACUGCUCACAUUUCGUGAUAUUUUAUGUGUUUAUAUGCGGGCAUCAUUUUGUCAUUGGUUGUCUAUAUAAUUUCAUACCGCGAGGAAAAGAGGACAAAGCUAUUCUCAUCUGCUUUAGCGAGAAAGUUGAGAAGUUUGCGACUAGCUAGCUAGCCCGCUAUCAACCGAACUUGUGCAGCAGUUGGGAAAAUAAUAAUCCCUGCUGCUCCAGCACUAAGGAGGAUAGGUCAGCGAGCUAACGGAAUUAGCCCACUACACUCUGUAGAUUUGGUCAUCAGCAGUCACUUAUUCGCUCAAGACUCAACAUAUCAACAUAGAAGUGCUGGAGAGCCUUAUAACGAAUGUCCGAUUGGUCGAGUAGCUCUGAUUUCCCUCUCUAGCGUAGCUGGGUCGCUAACAGCAGCAGCAGCAGCAGCACAGAGUUCCUUAGCUGGGCUUUUCAUCUUAUUUACAUUAAUACAUCACCUUAACUCUAUGCUAGUGUUUGGUGGAUUAUUUGAGCCAGUUAUUAGCGCUGCUUUAUCGCCUGUAAAACCUAAAGUGGGAUAUAAAACUCUGGCCAGGGAACUUGGCUAACCUAAGUAGCUUAGACGUAGAGGCGUUUUUCACCAGCUAGCCAACUCGGUAAUAUAGGAACCCGUAUCUCAUGUUAUGGUAAAUCUGGCAGAGGUGAAAUAGCCACAAAGUUCAUCGCAUCCGCUUGUUUGGGCCUUUCGCGGGCCUAAAUAAACAUUUGGAUUGUUUUGGCGCUGCUUUAGCAGAAGACAUGGCUCGCCACUCUCCUGUCCAGAGAGGUCUUCCAGGGAUGCAGAAUUUUAAAGCUGACCCGGAGGAGCUGUUCACCAAGCUGGAGAAGAUUGGGAAAGGUUCUUUCGGAGAAGUGUUUAAAGGAAUAGACAAUCGCACACAGAAGGUUGUGGCCAUUAAGAUCAUCGAUCUGGAAGAGGCAGAGGAUGAGAUUGAAGACAUUCAGCAAGAGAUUACAGUCUUGAGCCAGUGUGACAGCCCCUUUGUUACAAAAUAUUAUGGAUCAUAUCUGAAGGGCACAAAGUUAUGGAUUAUUAUGGAAUAUUUAGGAGGAGGAUCAGCACUAGAUUUGCUGGAGCCAGGUCCCCUGGAUGAGACACAGAUUGCUACCAUACUUCGAGAGAUCCUCAAGGGGCUGGAGUACUUGCAUUCAGAAAAGAAAAUUCACAGGGAUAUUAAAGCUGCUAAUGUGCUGCUGUCAGAGCAGGGUGAUGUAAAGCUGGCUGAUUUUGGUGUGGCUGGCCAGCUUACAGAUACUCAGAUCAAGAGGAACACAUUUGUGGGCACUCCAUUUUGGAUGGCACCCGAGGUCAUAAAACAGUCAGCCUACGAUUCAAAGGCAGACAUCUGGUCAUUGGGUAUAACGGCAAUAGAGCUGGCCAAAGGAGAGCCCCCGCAUUCCGAGCUGCACCCCAUGAAAGUUUUAUUCCUAAUCCCAAAGAACAACCCUCCUACUCUAGAGGGAAACUACUGUAAACCACUGAAAGAGUUUAUAGAAGCCUGUCUGAACAAAGAGCCAAGCUUUAGGCCUACAGCCAAAGAGCUGCUAAAACAUAAGCUAAUUGUACGUUACGCUAAGAAGACCUCGUACCUCACUGAGCUCAUCGACAGGUACAAGAGGUGGAAGGCUGAGCAGUGUCGAGAGGAGUCCAGUUCAGAGGAGUCUGACUCGGAGCAGGAUGUGCAGGCAUCGGGUGGGAAUGACUCUGGAAAUGAUGAUUGGAUCUUUAAUACCAUCAGAGAGAAAGACCCCAAGAAGAUCCAGAAUGGAAUCGCACAGCCCUCAGAGCUGGAUCGCAGCCAGGAAAAGGGCAGUCCACAGAGGCCUUUGUCCCAGAGCUUGUCGACCAUUAUAUCUCCACUGUUUGCAGAACUGAAGCAGAAGGGAGGGGUGAGUAACGGAAAGCCAGAGGCAGUGGAGGAGCUGAGGGAGGCCAUAUUCCUGGCCGAAGAGGCAUGCCCAGGCAUAUCCGACUCCAUGGUGACCGAAUUAGUGCAGAGACUGCAGAGGUUUGCUGUUCCGAGGGCCUCUUCUCACUGAUUUCGCUGCUGUGGGUUCACCUCUCUCUGCCUUCUUGUGCACCUUUCUCAUACACUCACUCAGCCUCCAGCUGCAGCUUCAGCCUGCACACUCUUCAUUUAAUCUCGGUUUACAUAUCAGGUGAAAGGGUGGUGUUGUGGAAGGCUGGGGGGACGCAAUAGGAGGCCUGGUGUGUUUGGCCCCUGUCAUAAACCUCCUGCUAGCAGUGCACCUUAUCCAGCACACACUGUGGCAGAAAAGUGGUUGGUUGCACCAGCUGUAUAUAGGUUCUUUCCACACUUCAUGUGUAAAUGAAAUUAGUUUUAUUCUUACUCUAACUAGAUGCCGCUAAACUCAGUUGCAACAGGAGUGUUUAGUAAUAUUUUUGUUGUAAUGUAGUUAAUUUGGAUUCCUUUUACCCACUAUCCAAAAGAAACGGCUAGUUAACAUUUUACGUGCUUCAUGUUGUUGCAAUUGUUAAUAUAUUUUUUUUUAUUUUUUAUUUUUUUUCCAUUUUUGCAGACAUCAGCAGCAGUUUGCGUGUUCUGUUUUAGCCAAACCUGUCACUUCACUAGCAUAAAUCAAGUUGAGGUUAUUGAUUUAGUUUAUUUUAAAGUAAGAAGUCAACUUUGUUAGAACUUGGAUAGCUGGUGCAACCCAGGGAGAGCUCCCUCUCUGAAUGUGCAGUAUGUGAGGCCUUUAAGAGGUAUAUUCAGCCCCUGUUUGUGUGCACGCAUGCAUGUCAGUGCUGUAAGGUCCAAAACAGUGCGUUCCCUUUUUUAAAACUCAGGUAUCCUGCUCUCAGUGACCAGAGUAUUCUGAGAAGCAGACUGAGCAUGCUCAGCUGGGUGUGUAAAUUUGUUUGUACAUAGGCUCCUUUUUACAGACAAGUCAUGGAGGUACGCUAAUGAAAACACUGUGUAAAAAUGGCCAAUUGCUUGUGUAGAUACUGUUUGUGAAGGUGUAUGUAAAAUGGCCAUCACUGAGAUUGCCUUGCCUUUUAGUAUUCUUUUUUUUUUUUUUAGUUUGCAAUUGUUUUUAUAAUUUGAUUUUAUAUUUUAAUGUUUUCAUGAUUUUGACUAAAUGCUGCCAUUAGGCUUCAUUAUCAUUCUCUCUUCAGUGUUCACAGUGCCAUUCAUACUGUCCAAUCAUAAGUGUCACCAUCUGCCAUCCUUACAUUGCUGUUUUAGUACAGACCAUACCAUUGCUCUUUUUUCUAUAAAUUAGUGCUUGAGGGUCCAUGUUCCAUAUCUAAGACAUUUUUAAUUAAACUUCAGAGCCCAUGUUUUGUUCAUUUCAGCCAUGCAGAUUUUUUUUUCUUCCUUAAAAUACUAGUAGUCCUGUUCUUCAGGCCUGUUCCAUAGAAACACAGACAUCUUUUUUUUAAACUUCUAGAACGUCAUCUUCAGCAAACUCCUCAAGUCUUCCUGGAAACUGUAAUGGUAUCAUGUGUACCAACAACUUGAAUUGCACUUGGAUAACUGCCUUUUAAUGAGAGUUAGCCAUAAGAUAUAAGCAUGAGGUUUGUAGACUGCAGUCCACCAUGUCCUUUACACAUUUAAUUACACUGCUGAUGUGAGCUGGUGGGAUUCACGCUGAAGUCUAGCGUGUUAAUAAGCAUUUAACAAGUUUGACAUCAGUUUAUUUACUCUUGUACAUUUAAUAAUGGUAGCAAAAAGCUAAGAGCCCAGUUUAGCACCACCUGAAUGUGUUAUGGUAGAACCCCAAUUAAAGACCAUCUCCCUUGUGUUGUAGCUGGUCAUUGGGUGCUAACAUGAUGCUUAUAUCCUCCACAAUUGCAAUAUUAGCCUUAUAAUAAAAUGGCUUAUAACAUGAACAUGUGAGCCAAGCAAAUGCAGUUAUAGACACAUUUCUAUUUGUUUGGAACCCUGAGGCUAUAACAUUUAAAAGGCCUUUAUGCUAUGACAUUAAUACAUUCUGAAAAAGCACUUUUCCUGCAUACUGUAUAGUGUCAAUACUACUUAAAGCUGCUUUUAGUAAGAUAAAAGAACAGAGCCCCCUACUUGCAAUUAAUUACUCAUAAUAGAACUGCAGUAUUUAACAUACAUAUUUGGAUGAUUUAAAAGUUCAUAAGUAUUCUGGAGAAAAAGAAAUGUGCCGUUGACCUUAAAAAUCUAAAAGGAGAUGUUCAAACAUCACCUUAAAGGACCGUAUUAAUUGGCAUCUGGUUCAAUAUAAGAACAUGCUAAAACUUUUUCAUAUGCUUAUAUCAUUCUGGACUUAAAGAAGAACAGGCACUUGUACUAAACCACCCUGUUUGAUUCUACACUGUUAUUUUGGAUUAACUUUUUAACCUCUUCAUUACAGGUAUAUUUAAUAAUAUGGUUCUUUGUCACAAGGCUAUUAACACUAAAAUAUUCUAAUUGACUCAUUUCAUGACUGCUUAUGCAGGUGAUGCUGUUUAAAAUGUUGCUGGCUUAAUGUUAAAUUGUUCUGUCCCUCACCAUUUUAGUAAAUGACAUCCGAUUUACUAAAACCCCCUCUCUGACUCUGCAUUUAAACUCUGUGUCCGGUUUUUUGGUGCACUUGUUUUAUCAUAAACAGUGUUAACUCACCCUGUCCCUCCAAAUAAUAUUUCCUUGUAAUAAUAUUUGCACCUUGUCCAUUUAGAAUCUGAAUGUGUAGCACUUUGUAACCUGUUCUUUACAAUUUAAUGAGAAAAAACAUCACAGUUUGUCAUGUCGUUUAUCAUUGCAACUGCGAAAAUGGCAAUAAAUUAGUCAGGUCAUCAGGUUUCUCAGCACAGAUAUAUUCUAUGGAACAGAAUCCAGUAUUUUUGUAAGUGUAAAGUACAGUAUUAUCACAAAUGAGAACUGGUAUGGUAUCUAAUUAUGAUUUUAAAACAAUGUAAAUGUAAUUGGUCAUCAAAUACUGAGGUACUGAAUUCCUUGCAAGCUUUCAAAUGAUUUAAGAAAAAUAAAAUUGAUAAAUAAAAA